AUGCCGAUCAUGGCAACCUUCCCAGAGCCGCAUGUUCUGAAUCAAAUCAUCAUCUCUCCCUCCGACACCGAUUACCUUGAUCAGUUGAUUCCCUCAAUCCGUGAUUAUAGCGUUGGAAACCGGACGCCUCAGCUAUUACAAUCCUUGGCCAGAUUUGCGAGUGAUAAAGAGGCUGAAAUUGAGGGCAUUUGUAACACCAAUCAUCAGGAGUUUGUUUCGUCAGUCAACUCAUUGCUCCGUAUUCGGGAAGGCACCCACGGAGCAUCUUGCGGAGCAAAAAAGGCGUUGGUAGAGUCCCGAGGCCACCGACAAAACAUCGAUGAGACAUCCCGGGCCAUUCAAGAUUGUUUAGAGGUGCUCCGUCUCGCCAACCAAGUUCAUGAUCUUCUUGCUAAGAAGAAUCAUUAUGCGGCCCUACGCGCGCUGGAGGAGCUGCAGAAUGUUCAUCUUAAAGGGGUUACUCAAUACAAGAUUGCGGAGAUGAUUCAGCGCUCUGUUCCAGCAACCCAACGGGCCAUUGCCGAGGCAGUCAUGUCUGAUCUUAACACCUGGCUGUACCGCAUCCGCGAAAUGUCACCGUUUCUAGGGGAACUCGCUCUCUUUCAUACCGACCAGCGGAAGUCGCGGCUCAAGCAGCGAGCAGAGAAGAUUUCGUACCUAGAACACUUCAACCUGAAUUCGGCCAUCGAGCUAGUGGCGGAUGAAGAUGAAGAAUAUGACCUGUUGCAGAAUGAAGAUCUACAAGUCCCCUUUGCUCCGCUUUUCGAGUGCUUACAUAUCCACCAGUCCCUUGGACAGAUGGAUAAGUUCAGAAUCGAGUACUCCAAUACUCGCCGUCGCCAAAAGGACCUACUCCUCCCCUCCUCCAUUACCCUCGUCGACGAAGACGGUGCCAGUCUACAUAAUUUACUGGAGGAGAUGGCAGGUUUCGCGAUUGUGGAGCGUGCGACAAUGAAAAGGGUUCCGGACCUACGAUCAUCCGUAGAUAUUGACGAACUUUGGGACUCAAUGUGCCAAUCUGCAGUGGGCCUGAUCUCAAAAGCGCUUCAUGAAGUGGAUAAUGCAGAAAGCAUUCUCAAAACCAAAAAUCUCAUUGCUCUUUUUAUGCAAACAAUGAACACAUGGGGGUUUUCGGUGAGGGUAUUUGAUGAUUUCCUUUUGAGGCUAUUCGAAAAGUAUGCAGAGCUUUUAAAAAGGCGAUUUAGUGACGACUUUCAAGAGAUCGUAUCCACUGAUGAUUAUAUGCCCAUGCCAAUUCAAACCUUGGAGGAGUAUGACAAAGUGCUUAACGUGAGUUGGUACAGCCCAGAUAAGCCUCAUGAGGAACAAAUCUUUCCUUGUAUCCUUCCAUUUUCCAGAAUGUAUCCUCUAUGCUGCAUCGACAUUCGAAAUUUCUUAAACCAAUUCUAUUUUUUCGCCAAUGACGACUUUUCCCACCCCAGCGUGAUUGAUGAGACAUUGAAAAAUGCCCUGGAUGACCUCCUUUCACGAAAAGUCUGCGAUACCUUGGUUGAGCGUUUAUCCUCACAGUAUUUGGGCCAGAUCGUUCAAAUCCUGAUCAACCUGGAACACUUCGAAUUGGCUUGCCAUGAGCUUGAAUUGCUGUUAGCAGCUGCGCGAUCACAAAAUUCAACCGGUUCUUCCAUUGCAUUGAGAGCUACCGAGAAAUUCCGAAGUAACAAAAAGGCCGCCGAGAAACGAAUCUUCGAGGUUGUCAAUUCCAAAAUUGACGAUCUUAUUGAGACGGCAGAGUAUGAGUGGAUGGCAAUCAACCCUCCUAAGGAGCCUAGCAAUUACAUGCAAACCCUGACCCGAUUCUUGUCAAACAUUAUGAACUCUACUCUGCUUGGGUUACCAACAGAGAUCAAAGAGCUUAUCUACUUUGAUGCCCUGAGCCACGCUGCAAAUAUGAUAAUGGCCCAACCAUUGGCACCUGAGGUGAAGACCAUCAACCCCAAUGGUGUCGCAGCAUUGGCAAAGGAUGUAGAAUACCUAGCCCAAUUUGUGGACAGUCUGAAUGUCCCCAUCCUGCGUGAGAACUUGGACGAGCUACAGCAAACUGUGCAACUCAUGCAGGCUGACAAUGCGGACGAAUUUUACGAUAUCUCCACCAGGAAUAAAAAAUAUGGACGUGUUGACGCCAUGCAGGGCCCUGUUUUGCUUGAAAAACUGACUCGUACUGUUCAAGCCCCGACCAAGGUAGAGAAAUUUGUCAAUCUGUCCUCACGCUUUAAAAAGACAGGGAUUCGCCGGGAGAUCAAGCAUGAGCUCUUGAAUCAACGCAAAAACGACCAAAUGUACUGA